AUGAAUACACACACGCGAGAGACUGUCUACCGGUGCCAUUGGCCCGGCUGUGAGAAGUCAUUCGUAUGGGAGAAGAGUCUUAACGAUCACGAGAAGAGACACAGAGGUAUACCUGUCGGUAGGUUUCGGUGCACUCACUGCGAGUACAGGUCUUCCCACGAGUCCGCUGUUAAGAGGCAUAUGGAUAGCAAUCAUGGGAUGGCAUCGGAAGUCGUGUCCAAACGUACGACAAAUGAAUGCAAUCUUAUGGACAGACGUGUGAAGAGACCGAAGAAGUGA